GAUGGUUUUGGAGACUUAACAGUUUAGUACGAUUGUUUAAAAAAAAAUUUGCAUCCAGAAUUAUACAAGCAAAAGAAUAAAAAUGGCAGCAGCUGGAUUAUUCAACAAACCUUUUUUCAUCAGCGUGGAGGAGCUAUUGCGCAUAGAGUGCAUUGAAACAUUUGAUGAACUUUGUGAGUUCUACAUGUCUGAAAAGAAUACUGGUAUCGAUGCAAGGCUGAUGAUGAUCCUCUCUAAUACAUACAUGUGCUACGAUCAAAAACGCCACACCAGGGUACAAAUUGUGGAUUUCUGGAAGUCUGUGGAUCAGCUUGGAUUACAUUACAUGUACGUUCAGAAUGGAGUAUUGAUAUACAAACAGCCAUGGGUUCAAAAUAAUUGUUCAGCAUGGUUAAAUAAAAAGUUGGACUUUCAUCAGGAGAUGAUUUCGUUCGAAAAUCAUGAUGUCCUGUUCAUGGAAAACCAGUGCUUCCCAUGGAGUACUGUUGUGGAAGCUUCGGAUCAGGCACAGGAUUGGAUCAGCCAAGAAAUGGUGAAGCCACAUGUUCGAGUGAUGAAGGAGAAGCUGAAUUUCACUGAUGUUCAGAUUGUAAAUGGUCUGCAGAUCCUUCGUGAAAGGGAUGAGGAGAUCACAUUCAUGGGCCUGUUGAACACCCUGGUACCUACGGAGAAUGCUUUGUUGAAUGUGUACGUCGGGACAGGAAAGUUUGCCUUCUCUGCAGAUAUCAAACUUGUACUCCGUCACUGUUAUGCUAAAUAUCACAGAGAACCGACCCAGGAAGAGUUUGAGUUAGAAUGGAACCGUAUCAAAGGUACUGGCAUAGAACACUUAAUGGAACAGGUUGAUUUAGAGAAAACAAGAGCCAACAGAACAGAGGAGGAGAAGAUGAGGGCAGAGGAGGAGAAGAUGAGGGCAGAGGAGGAGAAGAUGAGGGCAGAGGAGGAGAAGAUGAGGGCAGAGGAGGAGAAACUGGAGGCUUUGAACAGGGAGGCCAUGCUGGAGGAGGAAAAAAGGAGGGCAGAGGAGGAGAAGAUGAGGGCAGAGGAGGAGAAGAUGAGGGCAGAGGAGGAGAAGAUGAGGGCAGAGGAGGAGAAGAUGAGGGCAGAGGAGGAGAAACUGGAAGCUUUGAACAGAGAGGCCAUGCUGAAGGAGGAGAAGAUGAGGGCAGAGGAGGAGAAGAUGAGGGCAGAGGAGGAGAAGAUGAGGGCAGAGGAGGAGAAAUUAGUGGUUCUUAGAGAUUACAACAAUGCUAUUGAAGUUAGGAAUGAAGCUGUUGAUGAAAUCAUACAAGGACUCAACAGGGAGGAAGUCCUAAAGAAAGAGAAGGAUGAUGAGAGGGCAAAAGCUGAGGCAGAGAGGGCAAAAGCUGAGGCAGAGAGGGCAAAAGCUGAGGCAGAGAGGGCAAAAGCUGAGACAGAGAGGGCAAAUGCUAAGGCAGAGAGGGCAAAAGCUGAAAUGUUAGAGAAGCAACUGGCAAAGAUGACAGCUCUUUUUGAAAAGGAAAAGAAACAACUUUUAUUACAGAUUCAACAAAUGACUGGAUGUGUGCGAGCGUGAUCUCUUUUUUGUGUGAAACUGGUAUGAAUGUAGUUUCUUCAAUAUUUGGAUACUAAAUCUAGCUCAAUAUAUUGUUGGAAUUGUAUAAGAGUCGAGUGUGGAAAGGUACUAAAGGAGAGAGUUUGCUCAUCAAUUCAGUGGUUAUAAAUGUGAUACGAAUGAUAGCUUAUGGUAUGUCUGUGAUUCUCAUCCUUGUUACAUGAUGCAAUUUUUAUCAUUUAGAUAUAGUGUAUAACUUUUUCAAUGUAUUUCCCAUCGAAACGACAGCUAAGAUUCAUUCAAGACAAUGACAUUCAGAAUAUUUUCGAAAUAUCUUUUAUCUGUUAAUUAAAGGUUCUUUUUGACCUUUUGAAAUCAAAAUAUUUUAAAAUAUAUUUUUGUUGUUUGAAGUUUUUGUUGUUAUGGAAGUAAUGAUCAUUGGGAUGGAUUUAGAUUUUGAAAGUUGUAAUUUCUUGUGGUAAAAGUUUCAAUUCUCAUGUAUAUUAUGAGGUGUAGAUUGAUAUUUUUAUUACUUGUACAAAUCUUAUGGCAGCAGUUCUGUUCGGUAAAAAGAGUAAACAACUCUUUAUUUACCGUACAGGUGAAAAUUUAAUUAUGCAUUUCUUGUUUAUAUGUAGGUAUAUAUGUAUAUGUGUGUGUGUUUGUGAAUUUGUAUAUAAAAGUAUGUCAUAAUUAUGAUCAUCAUUUAUCGUAGAUUCAAUUGUUUUCCUCAUAUCUCGUUUCAUCUUUACCAUGAUAUUGUCGAUACAUGGGUGACCUCUGUUACCUGUGGCCACCAAAUAUGAAGUGCUACAUUGAAAUGUUAUUGUAUGUUAUAACUAUGAUAAAAUCUGUUUACACGGAACUACCUAGUACUACCAUGUAAUGUAUAUUGUUUGAAAAUUUUGAUCAGUUACAAUGAAAACAAAUUGUUUCAAUCUCCCCAGGACCUCCUUGUAAACAAGUUUACCCUUAAUAUGGUAUAUUUUUGAACAAUGAACUACACAAUAGAUAUUAUAAGCCAACAUGCUUUCUCCUUUAAAAUUCUUUCCUCUAUUUUACUAAAAGGUGUGUUAUCUGUCAAAUUCAACACCACCCUUCAAUUGUUAAAAGUUUAUUUUUCUUUCCCUCUUGAGAUGUGCUGGACACAAAAAAAAUGUAUUCACAUUAUGAUAAAAUCAUUUAUAUUUUGGAAACUCACAAUAAUUUUUCUAUAUGAUUAUUAUACAUCUUAGAUUCUGUUGUGUAUGUAGGUUUUCACAGUCGUGGUCAAAGAUGAAAAUAUUUGUCCCAUUUUUUUAUUGUAUGAUGUAUGUAAUGUGUAUGGGUAGUAACUCUCCUUUGAUGUUGAUGUUUACAUAAGAUCUGCUGAAGAAAUCAGGAAAUCAUGCAAUAUAUGAAAUAUUUCUUAAAGCACAAUCGUUGAACCAUAUCCUUCUUCUGUUCUCAAUAUACUAAGGCAGCAAUAAGCUGUGCAUCUCACAACUGUACAGCAUCAUUUAGUAUGUAUUGAGUUCAUGAAGUGUCCAGGCAGCCAAACACCUAAAAUUGACUUACCAGGGAUACCUUUAGAAGAGCUGCAAAAUUUCAAAGGAAAGACACAUACAAUUUAAAUAAGGAGAUUUUCAUUUGGAGAGAUGCUACUUUGAAUAUCAUUGAUAUCAGUACCCCCUGUUACAUAUUUACUUGUUUGUAUUUAUGCAAUGAAUUGUAAUUAUAAUUUAAACAAUUUAGAUAUGAAUGAUAUAUUAAACUUUUAAUGUUAAUGAUUGAAAACUCUUUAAAAGCUAUCAGGUUUUUCCUGCAAUUUAUGAGAUGAUUUUAGGUAAAACGUUAUAAACUUUUUUAUGUAAAUUGUUUAAGAUUUUUAAAAGUUAAAAUUAAUUUUCUGUAUAUUUACAAGAUAAUUUUAGAUGAGAUGUUGGUUUUAGCUGGUCUAGAUUGGUGACGAUUGUUCAUAUGGCAGACAGUUGCUAUAUACAGUGUUGCUUACUGAAUUUAUGAAAUGUACAGAAAAUACCUAUACAUUUUUAUUUGUAGUAUAUACACAUACAACAAAAUUUUAAAAUGUAAAUAUGGAUGAAAAUCAUUUCAAUUGAUCUUUAUAAAUUUGAAUUCUGGAUAUUUAUUAAUUUUCACAUUGUCUGUUUUUGUUGAUAUCUUUGUUUUCAUUUCCAAAUUUGUCAUUUUUGUGUUUGUUUUCUCUAAUCUCUUUUGAAUGUGAAGUUUUUUUUCUGAGACUUUUUCGUCUUUAUUCCUUAGUGCUCUCCCUUUAUGUGUAUUGACUACAAUAGUGCAUUAUUACAUUACUUUGACGGUAAUGCUACUUGACUUCAGGUUAGUUAUCCCAUAUGUAGUCUGGAAAGGUAACGAAACUCAUGUGUAUUUUACCUUUCAUGUAAAUAUUUUGCUGACAAUAUGCAAAUGUAUUUUGUGUAGAUAGAAUAUGAUGUAAACACUUAAUCAUGAAGUAUAGAUUAAAUGUGAAAUACUG